CGAUCACCUUGGUACUGGAUGAAGCGAGUGGCUUUGAUAAUGGAUACCAAUUAUGCUAACAAGUUGUGUUGCUUGUCGAGUGAGUAUCUGGUGAUAUACCCCGUAUAAGUCGUCUCAUUCCCCCAAGACGAAACUCAUAGAUAUCUCCUUAUAGGUCGAUUUUUUCACGUUUAUCAUCUCUCAAAAAGUGAGUGUCUAACUAAAUUUUCGUUCAAUGUUGCGUGAAUGGAAGGCGAAGAUAGCACUGACUCUAUCUGUCGAUAGAUACAUCGACACCUCAGACUCGUGAGCUCAGUCGUUGCAUUAACGACCGGCGAGACAAUGACUGAAGAAACCUUGACUACCUACCUCACGUAGGGGCACUUCUUGCACGUAUGCAAGAACGAACAAAUGAUCGAAAUGGCAAUGAUCGGCCUGGAAUUUUGAGUGAGGGUGCAAGAGAGAUCUCACUGCCGGGGUGUUGAAGUCGGUCCUUAAAACCAAUGACCAGCAAUCACCAGCCUGGCAAAGCUCUUGUCUCGAUACAGCUCAGUAACUGCAUGAUCUGAAUAUUUCAUAAAAAAGGCAAUUGUGCAAUAACCUUCAGCUUCUGUGGUGGUCCGAUCUCAAGCUCGCCCCAGAUUUCUAGCAGCCCCCGGCAUCAGUUGCUCGGCAACCAGAUGUUUAUACUAGCCGGUUUCUAACCCCAGCCAACGACCUGACUGACCGCAUCGGAACCGUUCAAAAAGCCCAUCCCGCCCUUGCUCUCAAUAAUGGCUACCCGUACAAUUGAGGCGCGCUUCGAGCGCAUGUCCGUCAACGAUGAGAAUGAUCCCCUUGGCGACGGCUCUAAGCUCUACAGCAAGACAAAGACUAUGGUCUCAUCUACCACAUCACAAAGUAUACAUGGAGCCUCUCGACCCAACCUCUUCAAAGUCGCCCUCCAGUCGCAAAGCAGCAAUACCAACGCCGCUGUGAUGCUGCCAUCUCAGGCUGCUCAACGAAAAGUCAACAACGCGCCUCCAUCUCCUACAAGAAAAGCACUUCCAUCUUCCUCAAGGACGUCGGAUGAAGCUCAAGAUGAACGAAAAUCAGUCACACUGCCAGAGCAAAUCAGCGUCCCUAAGCAGUUCCACCUCGGCAUGUUCGAGAUUGGUCGGCCUCUAGGCAAGGGCAAGUUUGGACGAGUGUACCUUGCUCGAGAAAGAACAACUGGCUUCAUCUGCGCCCUCAAGGUCCUCCACAAGAAUGAAUUGCAAGCAGGUCGUGUUGAGAAGCAGGUUCGCCGAGAGAUCGAGAUUCAAAGCAACCUGAGACACCCCAACAUUCUUCAACUCUACGGCCACUUCCACGAUAGCAAGCGAGUAUUUUUGAUUCUCGAAUUCGCUGGCAAGGGUGAACUGUACAAACACCUCCGAAAAGAGAGCCGGUUCCCCGAGUGGAAGGCAGCCCAGUACAUCGCCCAGAUGGCAUCGGCAUUGCGAUACCUGCAUCGAAAGCAUGUCAUCCAUCGGGACAUCAAGCCUGAGAACAUCUUGGUUGGCAUCCAUGGUGAGAUCAAAAUCUCAGAUUUCGGAUGGAGUGUGCACGCUCCCAACAACCGAAGGAAGACCAUGUGUGGUACUCUUGACUACCUCCCUCCUGAGAUGAUCAAGCCCGGUACCUCUGACAACUUUUACAACGAGAAGGUUGACCUGUGGAGUUUGGGCGUCCUGACGUAUGAGUUCCUCGUGGGUGAAGCGCCCUUCGAGGAUACGCCAGUGAUGACUCAACGAAGGAUUGCUCGUGCUGACAUGUCGAUUCCUUCAUGGGUCAGUCCUGAGGCUACUGACCUCAUCAAGAAGCUCCUGGUGUUGGACCCUGAGAAGCGAAUUCCUCUUGAGCAGAUUCAGCAACACCCCUGGAUCAUCAAGCACUGCGUCAAGGGUGAGCGUGCUUCUAACCGCGAGAAGGGGCAAUAAUGAUAUAACGACAAAUAAUAUGAAUGGAUAACGGUUGAAAGGCGUUUAUCGGCAAUUGAUUGACUGAUUUUCUAAUAGUCAAGGACGGAACCUGACCGUUUGCAUCAGCCGGAGUACGGGAUUUUCUUUUGUGGCGUCAUUCCAACAAUCAUUAAAACGAAUACAAGAAUUGCUCCAGCGUGUUCAAGGGUAUCAUUGAUAGUAUUGUGGUAUACAGCAGAAAGGCAUCAUACAUUUCAUUAAAGGCGCCUCUCGCCCGUCUUAGAUAUCGUACACAUUUUCAUAUGGAGGGCAGACUGCUAGCAAUCAUCGAUAAACCUCAUCGAAUGGCCGCGUGUCUGCGAAGCAAGAAUCCCAAACCUGGUUGACAACCUUGGUUGCUUGGACGUCGUCCUUGCAUGUGGAUCUGGCCGUGACGGAAUCAAUGGCUCGUCUGCGGACGCAAUUUUGGAAUUGCUGCGUCAAUCUCCAAUUGCCUCGAACAAAGGCCUCUUUUGUCCAUCUG